CUAAGUACAACAAUAGUCUAUUGGAAAUAUGUAUUCAGACAGUACAUUUCCAACGACAUAUCGUGAUGUAAAGUUCAUUAUAUUUACGGGCGCCACUAUAAUCCUACCAACUGAUUUGACCCCUUUAAUAAUUAAAAACAACAUAUAUUUGUUUUACUUAUAGGAUAGUGUCGUAGAUCUAAUACUUUGUGAACAAGUUCUUUAGAAAACCCGCAGUUAACAGUCUUGUUGCAUCUGCCAGUGGUGGUGCUACUUAUUUUAAAUGUUGGUUUUUGCUACCGAUGGCGGUACUGACAGCGCAGGGUCUGCCGAUGCAGUUAAUACCUCUUUCUCCAGACAAAGUGGUCCCGAAUCUUGGUUGGACAUAGGACCAUGCUUCUUCUUACAAAUGUCCUUAGACGACCCAGACUACUUCUCACCUGAAAGCGACGACUUUGCCGUUCGUCAGCUUCACGAUAUCAACGGGAUCGUCGCCAACUGCACCACACCGUCCAAUCUCUUCCACAUCUUCAGAAGACAAACAGCUUUACAAUUCAGAAAACCCUUGGUCAUUAUGUCUCCAAGAGCUUGUUGCAUCAUCCUGAGGCUAGGAGCUCGUUGGAUGACAUGGUCAAAGGAACCGAAUUCCAGAUAA